CGAUUUCACCAAUUCCUUUCCUCUAUAUCCUGCGCUAUAUCCGCCCCUUUUCUUUUUCGAGAUCUGCUCCUGUUGCUUCAUUCUCACUCCCACAAGUUGCUGCGACUGCGAUCUGGAUGGAACUUUGACGUCCCAUACACUUUCGAUCCUUGUUGCCACCCUUCUCUCCCGCGCCGCUCACCAUGAGCGCCAUUCUCUCCGCAGACGACCUGAACGACUUCAUAUCGCCAGGCGUCGCUUGCAUAAAACCAAUAGAGACACUUCCUGCGCAAACGCCAGACGAUUCUAAUCCGUACGAAGUCACCACCGAAGAUAAAGUCGCUGCCUCGCAACCUCCACCGCCCGCUCAGAUAUCACUUACCGACUGCCUCGCAUGUUCGGGUUGUGUCACAUCCGCUGAAGCAGUCCUCGUCUCACUCCAAUCGCAUAAUGAGGUCCUCACGACGCUGGAUGCGCACCCUCCGCUGCAUCUACCGUGGUUGACACACGCGGGCCAGAAUGGAGUAGCCAACGGUAUCAAUGGGAACACGGGGCAAGGGAAACUAUUCGUGGCGAGCGUGUCCCCCCAGACCCGUGCCAGUUUGGCAGCCGUGUUUUCGGUGUCGGAGAAGGAAGCAGGCAACAUGAUCGCACAGCUGCUCAGCGGGCCGUCUGGUCUGAGGACAGGUGGUCUGCACGGAAGCGACUUCACAUGGGUCAUAGACACCAAUGUGGUCAGGGAGGCCUGCCUUACUGCCGCAGCAGACGAAGUUGCCGCUGCGCUGUCUCCUGAAGCCGCCAGCGCAAUCUCCGGUCCUGGGUCGGAGGGCACACGAGAUUCGAGACCCAGACAACCUAUACUCACAUCCGCAUGUCCGGGUUGGAUAUGCUACGCUGAGAAGACGCAUCCCUACGUGCUACCGCAUCUGUCACGCCUCAAAUCCCCUCAGGCGCUGACCGGGACUCUCAUAAAGUCCGUCCUCGGCCAGCGCUAUGGCAUUGCGCCAUCCCAAGUCUUCCACCUCGCCAUCAUGCCCUGCUUCGACAAGAAACUCGAAGCAAGUCGCAGCGAACUUACCUCCAACGCCUGGAUACCGAAUCACGACAACGCUUCCCAAGACCCUGUGCGCGACGUCGACUGCGUAAUCACCGCCCGCGAACUCCUCCACCUUGCCUCCGCGCGAAACAUCCCUUUCUCUUCUCUGCCCCGGACACCCCUUCCUAAAUCCCAACGCAUCCCCUUCCCGGACCCCAAACUCGACGCUUUCCUCUUCCCUCCCUCAAGACGGAAAAACCAAGCCCCUAUUGCCGGCUCGUCAGGCGGCUACCUCUACCAUAUCCUCCGAACCUACCAAGCGCGGAACCCAGGCUCGGAAAUCAACGUCACUCGCGGCCGAAACGCAGACGUGGUCGAGUACUCGCUCGUCCGGGGGUCGGAGACGAUCUUCCGAGCCGCGCGCUUCUACGGCUUCCGAAACAUACAGAAUCUGGUGCGGCGGCUGAAGCCGAGUAAGCUCAGUAGGAUGCCGGGUGCGGCGGCGAGGGGGGGCGUGAGUCGUAGAGCGGGAGGCGCUACUGGAGGAGGGGAAGGUAUGAAGGAGUAUGCCUAUGUGGAGGUUAUGGCGUGUCCUGGGGGUUGCACGAAUGGGGGUGGGCAGGUUAAAGCGCAGGAGGUGGAUGAGAUUAGGGGGUGGGCUGGGGAGGAGGCCCAAGUGAACGGGAAUGGGAUUGGGAAUGCGGGUGUUGCGCCGAAGCAGCAGCCGGGUGUGAGGGAUCAGAAACAGUGGUUGGCGAGGGUGGAUGAGGCGUAUUUCUCUGCCGAGGGGAGUGAGGAGGAUGCGGAUGAGGUCAUGGAGGACAUCGAGGAGGCGUCAGACCCGGACGUCAUCGACGGCAUUUCGAGACGCUAUAUCCGCGACGUGGUGGCGCAUUGGUCGGAGAUUACAAACGUAGACAUGCAGGCGCUGCUGUAUACGUCGUAUCGCCAGGUGGAAAGCGAUGUGGGCAAGAAGAAGCAGAGCGAUGUGGAGAGGGUGGCCGGGUUGGCCAGCAGUCUUGGUGGAGGAUGGUAAUGGACGAGGAAUUAGGGCUUUGGGAUGAUUGUGUCGUUUGUCUUCGUCUGGGUUAGAAUCGCAGUUCUUGGGGCAGCGCCGUUGUUGACGCGAAAUUCGCGGCGUUUUGAGUUUUGCAUAUGAUAUAGACGGAUAGAUGGACGAGAUUAAAAGACUUGGUUGGGACGGCAUGAGAGAAUGUUGCAUUACCUCAAGUCAUAGGGAUCAAUGGCUGGAUAUACUGAGUUUUAGGGACAAAGAUCCUCAUGAUACCGUAUCAAUAUUCUCUCGCUCUUUCUCC